AUGGCUGCUACAGCCCUCCUAGCCUCAAUGCCUUCAGCCCUGGCGACCUCGGCAGCCUGCAAUUCCAGCGCCCUCAACACCACCUUGGGCCUUUACCCGAUCACAGUGGCGAAUACCACGGUUUUCGAUGUCGCCAAGGCCACUAAUCGUGGUGUCUGCGACAUCGGCCGUUACAACCUGAUGGCCGAUGUGACGAUCAUUCCCAACGUGGGCCAAACCUUGGUUAUCCCGCCUGAGGUCUGCGAUCCCGAUAAUGAGACCUGUCUUCUGGCCAACAUCACCCGCACCAAAACCUGCAUCAACGGUGGGCCUCGUCUCUACUACACCGUGAACGGAGAUACGCUGGACAUCGUCGCACAGCGAUUGAAUAUCACCACAGCGUCCCUCAUGAGUGAUGACACGGCCUAUACGGCCGAUGAGGUCCUCGCACCGGGCCAGUUCCUCAAGGUGCCAUUGUGCUCUCCGAGUGAGUGCACGAUGAAGCCUUUCACACUGGAAUUUGGAGUAUACAAGGACAUUGCGGACGAGUAUGACACCACAGUGGGACAGAUCAUGAUGCUCAGUCCGACCUACAACUAUAGUACGGCGCUUUUGGAUGGAAAGGGCCGUCCGUCGUUGGAUCUUCCGUUUAACUGUACCGCGACAUCGACUAACAUCACCGUGUUGUCGUGA